AUGGAAAAAUGUGGGUUCAAUUCGAUGUUGUCUAAUGAAGAGUUAGAGCACAAGUGUGAACUAAGUAAAUCGAUGGACAGUCUUGGUCUUAUUGGAAAUACCGGUGCAGGUGGAGGCCCUACUCUAAUAUUCGAUGUCAGGGACAUUUUGAGUUUGAUCUAUGAUGACACUUUUAAGCUUAAGGAUAGGAAUGGUGACAGCUAUUCCGUAUAUUUUGAUAUUGACAAUAAGAUCUUUGAGAUUGACGAUGAUAGUGACUCUCUGAGUGGACUAGAUAUUGAAAAUCAGAAUCAGAUCUUCUUUGAUAUUUACAAUGAUAGUGACUCUCUGAGUGAACUAGAUAGUGAAAAUAAGAACUUUGAGAUUCACAAUGAGAGUGACUUUAUGAGUAAACUAGAAAGUUCUUUUUUUAGUUAUCUCACUUAUAGUUGUCUCAAACGAAGAAGUUCUUUUUCUAGUUAUCCUACUUCUCUCACUUCUAGUAAUCUCAAUAGUGGAUCUAAGAGUUACAACCCCUACUAUGAUCCUUACAUGCAUGACACUAGAUAUAGUUGGAAUAAUGACAUUAACAUUAAUAGUUGCAUUGACAGUUAUAUUCGUUGUGAAAUCGAUUCCAUUUCAAGUGGUAGCGACAAUUGCAGUGACAGUUAUAUUUAUAGUUACAUCUGUAGUGAGGGGGUAAGUUAUAGUGACAAUGGGAGUUCUAGUAUAAGAACUAGAACUAGUACUAGUAGUGGCAGUUCUUACCAUAUAAGAGGAAGAUCUAAUAAUUUCGAGAAAAAUAAAAAAUUAAAAAAAUUAUGGGUUCAAUGCGAGAAUUGUUAUGCAUUGAAUUAUAAUAAAUUAUUUAGGUCUAAAAUGAAUGUUUGUGAACAAUGUGGAUAUCACUUGAAAAUGAGUAGUUCAGAUAGAAUCGAACUCUCGAUUGAUCCAGGCACUUGGCAUCCUAUGGAUGAAGAUAUGGUCUCCACGGAUCCUAUUGAAUUUCAUUCGGAGGAGGAACCUUAUAGAGAUCGCAUCGAUUCUUAUCAAAGACAAGCAGGUUUAACCGAUGCUGUUCAAACAGGCAUAGGUCAACUAGAAGGUAUUCCGAUAGCAAUUGGAGUUAUGGAUUUUCAGUUCAUGGGAGGUAGUAUGGGAUCCGUAGUAGGCGAGAAAAUAACUCGUUUGAUCGAGUAUGCUAUUGAUAGAUCUCUCCCAGUUGUUAUUGUGUGUGCUUCUGGAGGAGCACGCAUGCAAGAAGGAGGUUUGAGCUUGAUGCAAAUGGCUAAAAUAUCUUCCGCUUCAUAUAAUUAUCAAUCCAAUAAAAAGUUAUUCUAUGUAUCAAUCCUUACAUCUCCUACAACCGGUGGAGUGACUGCGAGUUUCGGUAUGUUGGGAGAUAUCAUUAUUGCCGAACCCAAUGCCUACGUAGCAUUUGCAGGCAAAAGAGUAAUUGAAGAAACAUUAAAUAAGAAAAUACCUGAUGGUUUGCAAGUAGCUGAGUAUUCAUUCCAUAAGGGCUUAUUCGAUUCAAUCGUACCACGUAAUCCUUUAAAAGGUGUUCCAAGUGAGUUAUUUCAGCUCCACGGUUUCUUUUCUUCUACUUUCCAUCCCCUUAAAUCAAAUAAAGUAAAGCGCUAA